AUGCUCAUGUUGGUGUCUCAGUUUGGCUAUAUCACCCUUCUUUUGGCAACGUUCAGCAUCCCAGACAACUGUAGUGGAGACGUCCGCUGCAUCUCCGAUCUUUUGCUCUCGCUUGAGACUCGCGACGACAUCACGAAGCUUGUCCUGGACUACACUUCGUUUGAACUCGCCCUCCGCCGCCUAGUAGCGAAGGGAGUGGACUUUCCGGAGAACGACGCGUCGAAAAUUGCCUCCCGUGCAACCGCUCUCAAGCAACAUUGGGAGAAAACCGGGCAGGACCAUACCAACGGCCCACAAGACGUCGCCUACCCACCACUGCUGUCGGCCGUGCCCGAUAAGCCCAAGGACUGGAAGCUUGAACUCGGCGACAAGGCCAGGGAAGAGGCUGAAAGGUACUACCACGCCCUCAGAACGCAGCGUAAGUACGCCCAACGUUGCUUCCAGGCCAAAUCACCCAUGCCCAUGGCCUGGGUGCCACAGGGCGGUGACGCGUGGGCGAAGACGGCCCGCACCAAGGUUGAGUCCGGCGACUUGUUUCACAGCCGCCACUGGGCCCCGGUGUGGAUGAGCUUUGAUCUGGCCUCUAUCGAUGUGAUGUUUGGUAUGGAGACGGCAGGAAUGACUCAGGACGAGAGCGAUGAGUACUAUGACGCCUCUGGGACAGUGUCAGGGAUGAGGGCCCUGUUCGAGGGCAGAGACCUCCGAAGCGAGGAUGUUUUGAGAAGUUGA